AGGUAUAAUUUAUGCGCAAUACAAGUGCGACGGGUUAAGUCACUUGUUAGCUUGUUACUUCGUAAUUUCAUACGACUAUCAAACAAAACUCCGUGUGCGUAGUAUGGAGGCACAUUGUAAGCAUUGAUAACCGCCAAUCCAACUCACUCGUUACGUAGACAUCACCCAGUGUAGUUUAAUUAUAUUUAUGAUAUUUAAAAUAACAUAAUAAUAAUAAAAUAAUGACUCGCUUUAGCGCAAACUGGAUGUGGCUGGUUGUCCUUGUAUUUGGAUCUUUCCGAACAACAUUAUCACAGACUGACAUAUGUCUAUCAAAAAACAAAACAUGCACGAUUAUAACUACCUGUUCCUCCGCCUUAGAAGCUUUAAAAGCUAGAGAAGACACAUUGUUGAGAAAGAUGUUUUGUGGAUUCGACGUGAGAGGCCCAAAGGUGUGCUGUCCGGUUGAUCAUCGUCCAAUAGUAUUUAAAAACGAUACAGAGACCGCAACAAGCAGACAAAAAACUACCAGCACGACAAUGAGUCCUACUACAACGCCACUAAUUCCCACCACAACAAUUGCCACCUCGACAAUUGCCACCACGACAAGUGCCACCAACGUAGUGGAAGACAAUAACGUACUAGAGCCUAUGAAUACUCCCAACGGGUUACCUUCUCUUAAAGUAUGUGGCUUUUCUGGCUCUGGUUCGGAUCGCAUUAUAGGUGGUUCUAUAGCUGCUAUUGACGAAUUUCCGUGGCUAGCUCGUAUUGCGACGAUGAAGUAUGAUAAGGUGAAAUUCACAUGCGGCGGAUCUCUGAUAACACAACGAUUUGUUGUGUCAGCUGCACAUUGUGUAGUCGACAGGAAAGUAGUGGGAGUGCGGCUGGGCGAGUGGGAUACGGAAACAAAAAUCGAUUGCUUUGACGAAUACUGCAGCGAUCCUCCUCUAGACUUGAAGGUCGGCCAAAUUAUAAUACAUCCCAAGUACGAUAAACGACUGCACAAUGGAGAUAUAUCACUCAUCAGAUUGGACAAAACUGUUAAUUACACAGAUUUUAUCCGGCCAGUAUGUUUACCAACUACUAAAUUUGUGGCCAGUCAGGAUUAUGUAUUCGGGACAUCUUUCACAACUGCAGGAUGGGGUCUCACUGAACUGGGAACGCCAUCAGUAAUAAAACAAAAGGUGGAUCUUGAUACAGUACCAAUAGACAUCUGUAAAGUGAAAAUGCCACAUAUCAGCAAUUUGGACGUUGAUAAAAUUAUAUGUGCCGGUGGAAAACCUGGCAAGGAUACUUGUAACGGCGACUCCGGAGGUCCUCUGACUAAAGAAAUCACAAUUGAAUUCCAUACAAAUGCAUAUCUAUUCGGUAUUACUAGUUUCGGUGUCGCCCGCUGCGGCGUUACUGACACGCCGUCGGUGUACACAAGGAUAACUGGGUAUUUGGAUUGGAUUAUUGCAAACAUCAACGCGUGAUAUCCAAACAAUGACUUACUUAUAAUUACAAAAUGAUAAGAUGUAAAAAUGGGUAAAACCCACAAGGAAGAAUCAAGACGUAUUUAAUUAUUAUUGAUUACCAUAACUGUGAUAGUAAAUUACGUAUAAAUUUUAGAUGUAAUCAGUAAUAUUUAUAAGUAGCAUUUUUGCAUUGUUGCUUUCAAUAAUAAGAAAUAUAUGUAUUUAUUGGUACUAUUUUAUCAAAUUACUGUAUUUUAAAUACAAAUAAAUUUGAUAAAAAAGAAAAUAAAAAACAUAUCUUAAUGUGGAAAAUACAAGAUCGGAUAGAAGCAUACUAUUUAAAAUCUAAGAUCUCGUUGAUUCUAUGAGUCUCUGUGCACAUUGAUCUCCAAACCAAAUUCUUGAGAGGCGAAGGAAUUUAAUUUGAUAUUUGUAACCCAGUAAAUUAUGUAAGAUU